UAUAUGGUGAAGGUCCGCGAUGGUAUAAAUGAACUCAGGACGUGAUACAGAGUCUCUUUUAUUGAAGUGACACUGCUGUUCUGGGAGUCGAGCUACAAAGUAGCUUUGACAAAUAACGAGCAUGGCAGAACAGGCAUUUGUCACUUUGGCCACAAAUGAUAGCUAUGCAAGAGGAGCUAUGGUGCUUGGAAAAUCCCUUAGGAACCACAAGACUUCAAAAAAGCUGGUGGUGCUCAUUGGGCCACAUUUGUCUGAUCAGUCAAGGGCAGUGCUUCAUAAGAUCUUUGAUGAAGUCAGGCUAGUGGAUGUGUUGGACAGUGGGGACACAGCGCACUUGGCCAUGAUGAAGAGACCUGAUCUGGGUAUCACUUUCACCAAGCUGCACUGCUGGACUCUCACACAUUACUCCAAGUGUGUGUUCAUGGACGCAGACGCACUGGUGGUAUCAAACAUAGAUGAGCUGUUUGACAGAGAGGAGCUGUCUGCGGCUCCAGACCCCGGCUGGCCUGAUUGUUUUAACUCUGGUGUGUUCGUGUUUCGCCCGUCCAACGAAACCUACGGCAAACUUCUGCAGUAUUGCACAGAGCAUGGCAGCUUUGACGGAGGGGACCAAGGAGUUCUGAACGGCUUCUUCAGCGACUGGGCAACAGCCGACAUCAACAAACACCUUCCUUUCAUCUAUAACAUGAGCAGCAUAGCCAUCUACACAUACCUUCCUGCGUUUAAACAAUAUGGUGCAAAUGCAAAGGUUGUGCACUUCUUGGGCCAGAUGAAGCCGUGGAGCUAUACGUAUAACCCCACGCAGAGGAAACUGAGAGGAAACGUACAGGCCUCGUCUCAGUCCGACUUCCUGCUGCAGUGGUGGGCUCUGUACUGCGCCGAGGUGCUGCCCAUGCUGAUCCGAGAGUAUGGAGACCAGCCCUUCAACUCCGGCUGUGAGGAGGAUGCUGCGGAGAGCGGGGAGUGUGUUGAGCCGCUCGUGUCCUCAGCGGAGCGCAAGCAGAGGUGGGAGCAGGGCCAGGCCGACUACAUGGGAAUAGACUCUUUUGACAACAUUCAGAAGAAGCUUGACGUUUUCCUGAAAUAAAAAGUGGAAAUGUCAAAGUAAUUUGAGAGGGUAUUCAGCUAUGCAAGACUGUCACACUGUGGCCCGCUAACACGUCACACUCUUUGUCUUUUUCAUUCAAGCAUUUAAUGCUAACUUUACCUUUGAACCUCAUGCAAAAUGUGAAUUCUGGCAGUGCAUGGCAAUUUUAAUAGAUGAAGGCACUUUUGGGCCAGCUUUCUCUAUCACAUGCUCAAAGUGUCCAUGUUUGAAAUGCACUUUCAGUCAUUUUUCUGGACUUAUACUGACACCUAGAGGUGUGGAUUCCUGAACGUGUAACAUGCCAAUGUACAAAUGCUCAAUUUGCAGUGAUAAAUAUAUACAAUUUACUAACAAAAGUCCAGUAUUGGGGUUCCUGGGUAACCCAGAUACUACUGUUAGUAUUGAGGUGACAUGUUCAAUGUACAUAAAACAGCUUUUAUGAGUCUACUGGUGUAACUGGAGUGAGUUUCAUCUCACAUGUACAUGGUUUUAAACUUUUAAACAACAGAAAAAAGAGAUCUGUGCACCUUUAACUAGAGCACAUCAUGUUGCCAAUCCUACCAAUUUUAAAUAAAAUAUUCUUACUUUUUCAUAAAGAAAAUCUAAUUCAGAAUAUGUGGUUAUAUUUUUAAUUCUCUUUUAGAAAACAAAAGCUUCUCUUUUUCGUCACCUGUUGUUGAUUCGUGCCUUAAUGUUUGACUUUUUAAAGGCUUUAUGCUCUUGAAUGUUGGUCUGGUUGACUAUGUUCACAUGCUGGAUGGUGCAUGUUCUCUGGUUUACUGUCUUCUCACUGUGCAGUCUAUUGUCACAUAUAUUUCUUUUUAUAUCUUUGCGUUUUUCUUUUGUCUUUUUGUAUCUCUGUUUUCUUUUAUUCAGUGUUACAGGGCCAUUGUCCCCUCUGGCUACAAAAUAAAACUUUCAAAAUUAUUACGUGUGAUAUUAUAUC